AUGAAUGGGUGCAGCAAGAGAGCUUCCUGCGCCGCUUUAAGGCCUUCUCUGUCUCUGAUUCCUUAUGGCCGACAGAUUCGCCACUGGGAAGCAGCAGAAAUACUCCGGCGCAUGCGAACAUCGGACAGCAACAGCGGCCACAAACUUCACCCCUGCAUGGACACUUGGAGUGCGCACUUGCAGUGCCUGCGUCGCUUUCCUCACUCUGCGGAGCGUCGCUGCCGGCUGUCAGAAGAGCAGCACCAAAGAUGUCUCAAAGAAAACAGAAACUGGAGGCCCACGGACUCCAUGAAAGCCAUGAAGAUCCUGGAGCUCUUUAAAGUAUACGCUGAAACGAAGAGCUUCAAAUACCCGAAAGAAAACGUGGGCCUGUCAGCCGCAGGGGCAGUUGUGCACUUUCCUGGGCUUGAGCGACGGCGGUCUCGCAGCAACUGA